CUUAACGCUAUGUAAAUCACGCGACUCUUCUCUUCUUCCUCUUUCUCUCUCGCGUGGACGAACCCGUCACCGACGUCCUCCUCCUCCCCUUUUUGCUCGCGAACGCGCCGGCGCUAAGCAACCACCGGAGCUUUGAGAAGGAAGCAAGCUACCAAUUCUUCUUCCUCUCCUCUUAUUUUCCUCUCGCUCUCGAUUUUCUCUCUCGGACGAUCCGACGCAGAUGGAGGAUGGAUCUUCCCCGACGAUCUCGUCCUCGCCGCGUCACCGGAAGAACGUCACCGGAUCUCGACGGUUUUGACGUUGUCCAAGCUACCUCCGGUGGAGCGAUCGCUUCCUCGACAGAUUCUUGCGCGCGUUCGACAGGAUUCGGCAUCUAGGGCAUCGCGAGGUACGGGACUCGCGUCGGCUCCAGCAGAUCGUUCCUCUUCAUUUCUCCUCCUUGAUCUGUUCACUGGAGGGCAUUGCAGAUCGUCGCCAGCUGAGGUGGAUCGCGCGACACCAGCUGUAGGUGAUUGAUUUAGAGGAAGCAUUGGGUCAGUGUACGGUGGACCUUCCCUGUUGUCGGUCACUGCCAAUUCCACUUCUUGAAGCUGUGGAGGUCUCGGGUGAGGAGGUGUGGGUUCUAUUGAGUUUCCGGACAGUGGAUUGUAGGGCUGUGAGCUACUGGAUUAGUUGCCCUACCUCAAGGUUAUAUUGUUGUGAUGAUUACAUAACACUAGCUACUAGCGGAGUUUUCCCCCCAAAGGUUUUAAAGCUUUGCCUUCGUUCUAGAUCUCUGCAAUAUUCAAUUUCCAUCAAAGGAUGUCUUGGUUAUUGGCUGCUGUUGCUGCAGUGAUCUUGUUUUGGGUCAUUUCUCUGGCAAGAAUUUUGUCUUCCUCUUCUUGUGUGCCAUCAGAUCCUGGAUUCCUCCAUUCUGGUUUUGGAAAGAGAAGGAAUGUCCUCCUGGUUAUUGCUCAUCCUGAUGACGAAUCCAUGUUUUUCACCCCAACUAUUCUUUUCUUGAAAUAUGGAGGACACAAUAUCCACAUUUUAUGCAUGUCAACCGGUAAUGCAGAUGGAGUUGGAAAUACUCGAAAAGAUGAAAUCUACCAGGCAUGUUCUAUAUUAAAGGUUCCCCUCCAACAAGUGAAAGUCUUAGAUCAUCCGGGUUUGCAGGAUGGAUUUAAUGAAACUUGGGACCUUGGCUUUUUAGCUAAACUAAUUCAAAAUGAAGUGAGAGUGUGGAAUAUUGACUUACUAAUCUCAUUUGAUAAGUUUGGAGUGUCAGGUCAUCCAAACCACCGUGCUGUUCAUCAUGGAAUAUGCAUGCUUUUAUCUGAUAGUAAUCAGAAGCAUAUUGAAGCCUGGGAACUUGUCAGCCUAAGCAUUUUCCGAAAAUACUCUGGCCCGGUUGAUGUCUGGCUAUCUAUUAUCUUCUCUUCAUUUUAUUUACGAAAACAGAUCUAUUGCUUGCUCAACAAUAAUCCAUCCCUAAGUUUUCUCGCAAUGGCUGCGCACCGAAGCCAAUGGAUUUGGUUUCGGAAGUUGUUCGUUGGCUUCUCCACUUAUACUUACAUGAACACACUUCGUAAAAUCAAUGUAGAGUAAGAACGUCGACAGAGUGAAGGCAUUUCCAUCUUUGAAGUGUGCCGAGCAGCGCAUAUAGAAGACGGAAAGCAUAUGCAUAAUGCUCCAAACCUAUCCAUUUGUUGUGCUUUGAUUUAUGGUCACUAUGCUCCUAGCUCUCUUUAUUUUUAUGAAGAAAAGCUUCGUCGUCAUUAUAUAUUUAUUAUUGGAUCUUAUCUUUUUCAAGAACUCUAUACCAAGCGGGAAAAAAAGAUUAAGAUGUCUUCACUAAUUUUUAAGAGGACCUUUGCCUUAGCUCA